GGCGAGUAGCGCGACGACGACUGGGAACAAGCCGGCCAUAGCGCGCUGACCAAAUGCGCAAAGUUCUGACCAACUCUGUCCUACUUUACAACUCCAUAUUGAAUUUCAAUAACUUCCCGCAUCGACCACUACCUACCUAUCGCUAUAGCCGCGCAUUAACACUUCUACCUCACUGUUCCUUUCAAAACAAAAAACCACUUCUACCUCACUGUAAAACGUCGCCUUCUCACUUCUUCUCUUUGAUAACUGCUCCAACUUGUCUCCUAGCGAUUCGAUAAAUUCAAAGAUUUUAUUGGAAAAUGGGGAAGAAGAGGAUGAUGUUGCCUGCUAGUGAAGUUGACUUGACGGCGGUGAAGUACAUACCGGAAAACAUUCAAGCUCCGCAUUUGACUGGAUUUGGGUUGAAGUUGUUUGUCAAGUUAGCUGAAGCGCCAUUUGUCGGAUCAUUGCUUAUGGCUUACUUGAAGAACCAGAACGGAUUAGUGGAGAUGUUGAAGCGCACUGUCAUACCAGAGCCUCCUAUGUUUAAGCCUGAGUUCCCACCUCAAGAGCCAGAGCCUUGUGUAUCUUUAUUGGAGGAAGAUGGAAAACCUCAAGAUAGAGUUGACAUUGCCUUGAAGUGUCUCCCAUAUUAUGAUCCUGCUAGCAACUGGAGUUCUCAUUUGACCGCACCAUUCCGCUACUGGAAGAUUCGUGACUAUGCACAUGCAUAUAGAUUGAAGCUCACAACUCCAUCAGUGGUUGCUGAGCGCUUCAUCUCUGCCAUGGAGGAGUUUGAUGCUAAGAACCCAACAGCACCUCUAUUGAUAUCUUUCAAACCUGAUGAGGUUAGAAAGCAAGCUGCAGCUUCCACACAAAGAUUUGAGGAAGGAAACGCAUUGUCAAUCUUGGAUGGGAUUUUUGUGGCAAUUAAGGAUGACAUUAAUCUCUACCCUCAUACUACAAAGGGUGCUACAACGUGGCUUCACGAGGUUUAUGAAGUAGAGGAAGAUGCAAUUUCUGUUUCAAGAUUACGCAGCUGUGGUGUGAUUUUGGUUGGGAAGGCAAAUAUGCAUGAGUUGGGCCUGGGUACAACAGGAAACAAUCCCAAUUAUGGGACAACAAGAAACCCACAUGCUCCAGAAAGGUACACUGGUGGAUCAUCCUCAGGCCCUGCAGCAAUUGUAGCUUCUGGGUUGUGUUCUGCUGCACUAGGAACAGAUGGUGGAGGCAGGUUCAGUUCGGAUUCCUUCUUCCCUCUGCGGUGUGGUUGGCUUGAAGACAACAUAUGGACGGACUGACAUUGGAGGGUAAGCUCAAUGUAGAGUUGCAUUUGUAGCUUUGUUAAUCAUUCUCUUCUCAAACUGUUAAGCUUCUUCCAUACAUAUGUUUUCAUAUAAAAAGGGCUUAUCCUAUUUACCUUAAGAAGGUUUUAAAAGAUGGAUUGGAUAUGUUUGAUGUAGGCCUACAUAUGAGGUAUAGUGGUAAGGUAUUGGUAACUUACCCUGAUUGAAGUUAUCAAGAAUGAUGUGAUGGCUAAAAGGUUCAUGAUGGAUUUGCCACUUCAUAGAAUCAAGUAGAAAACCA